AAUAAUGUGAUUGCGAUGGAGCCGCAAGGUCAAAAAAAGUUUGACGCAUCCAAGAAGCAAAAUGAGCCCAAAUUAGACCAAAGCUUUUCAACAGAUCUCCUGGAUGUCGGCAAGGCUAAAAAUGAUCCACUGUUGAUUACAAAGAAGAAGCCCUACAGAAUGCCUCCAUCCUCUGUCCUAAGUCAGGUCAAAUCCUUUUUGCCCAUGAUGCAAGAGGCAAACUCUAAACUUGAGGAACGUCUUCGCACAACCCCAGCAGAGGACUUGGACAUUGAGAACAUACAAGAUUGUGAGCAGGAAAUCAUUGAAAUGAAUUUAUCAGUUUUUGCUCAAGAUGACAGCUCCUCAGAAGAUGAUGGUAGUCUCCUAGAUGACACGUCAGAUGAAGAUGAAGACAAUGUGGCAUUUGGAGAAGUCACUGCUGCCAACAUACGACUCCCAAACCAAACAGGAACACCCAAAAGAACUAUGAUCCAGGACCUGUCUGUGGAUGACGAGGUCGAAGGGCAUGACCUGGGGUCAGAUGUGACACAAGAAAGGUGUGGAGGAAAGAUGAUGGUGAUGCCGCUAUCUGAUGAUAAACAAACAAUGAAGUCAAAUGGUCAGCAACGUACUGCAAUGAAUACACCAGCAGAUCGGAGUGAAGACAGAAGAUGACAAUGUUCUAUUUGUAGUUUUGUAAACAAACAAACAUCCCAACAAACAAACAAAUAAACAAAUUAACAAAAACAAACAAGUAAACAAAAACAUAAAUGGGCCACGAAACAGCUUUAUGUAAUUGGGCUAGGGCUGAGUCUACCAAAAGUGCCUCAAAAUACUUUCAUAAGCGAAGUGGUCUGUGUUGUAGUAGAGUUACCUUGAAUGUGUGAUGGGGUAGAUCAGCAGUUAAUCACAUUACUUUGUCCACCAGAGGUAUCAGAAAUAUGUUUUUGUGAUACAAGGUUUGUGAUUUGAGCUGUUGGAAAUGACAACAUUCAAAGUAUCUAGCUAGGUCCAAUUUGACAACUGCUGAGGUUUUCAUUUAAGUUAUUGUACAACAAAUAUUUACUUUGUAUACAUUUACUUAAACAAAUUGUAUUGGAGAACUGUUUAAUCUGUUGUUUUGGUCAAUAGUGAAGAAACAGAAUCGUGCUCAAUUCUCUGUUCUCAACAUGUCAACACGAACACAUUGUCCUUAACGUUGGCUUUAUCAACCAAAACCAGCUGUUGUUUUCAGAUAAAGUUUCUCCGAAUUUUAGUGGGAAAUGUUUCACAGAAAAAAAUCAUUGUGUUAUGAUUUCAUAAUCAGUAAGCUUUCAGACCCAAAGUAAAUAAUCAUGUUUUUCAUCUUGAUAAUAACUCAAAAUAAUUAUCAUCGUAAAACUUUUCUUGAUUACGAGUAAUGGGGAGAGGU